AUGCUUUGCCAGGACCAGUUCGAGACGUUUGUGCCCUACCGCGUGGUCACCCAAGCGCCCUGCGAUGAUGAGCGCCAGGAGCGGCUCAAGCUUGUGGAGGAGGGCGACAAGACCUGGAGGGAAGUGCGGCGUGAUGGUACCUGCUGCACGGGUGGAGUCGCAACUUGCUGCUGCUGCCCCUGCAACACGCUCGCGUGCCUCACCUCCCAGGAGGUUGUGACCGAGGAGAUUUUCUACAUCUCAGAUUCCAUGGACCCUCCCGACAAGCCUUUCCGCAAAGCGGUCUCUCGCAACCCCUGCCUGCUGUGGAAUUGGCGCUUGUUGGGAUGGCUGCUAACGUACUCCGCUCUGCAUUUCGCACUUCCAGUCCUGGAUGGUAUCUUCGAGGGGCUUGGGCUUGCAAGGCUUCCCACCGCGUUGAACAUGCUGAUGCUGACGCUGGUCAUGUGGGCCACCGUCGUUGCAGCUGCCUACGCGUGCUACCGUCCCAGCAUGGGCAUCAAGUACUGCGUCAUGGUGGCCAUUAUCAUUGGCAUACCGGUCGUCUACAACCAAAUGACCACAACGACAAGCUGA